GUACAUCAAGUGUUUCUACAUCGACUUCUACAGAAUCAUCUUCAGUAUCUGUACAAUCAACAAUGACAGUAACAACCUCCACAUCCUCAAAUCCACCAACAAGUACAUCAGUACCAACAGGAACAUCAAGUGUUUCAACAACUGGUCCAACUGAAUCAUCUUCAACUUCUGUACCAUCAACAACUACAAUAACAACCUCCACAUCCACGACUCCACCAGCUGAUACAUCAGAACCAACAAGUACACAGACCUCCACUACGCCAAUAACAGGUACACCAAGUGUUUCUACAUCUACUCCUACUGAAUCAUCGACAGUAUCUGUACAAUCAACAACUACAACACCAACCUCCACAUCCACAUUUCCACCAACAAGUACAUCAGAACCAACAG